CCUCAUGGCAUGCUGAGUUUGGGAGUGCAGGAGGGAGAUGCCUUAAAAAGGCUGACAGGCGAUAACACUCUCAGAGACACACAGUAGUGCGGCCCAGUCAACGCAAGCAUCCUCAGUGCAGUACAGCAGAGCUUCUGUGGACCCUCAUGUUUGGACCUGCCAAAAUAAAGAUGCUGGUGUCGAGCCUGGUACUACUAAUGGUGGUGUUUGCCAAAUGGGUUGAGCCGUAUAUUGCACAAUACCGGGAUGUGGACCAAGACACAUAUGAGCCCAGUGAAACCCAGAAAUCCCCAGAAUACUACAGAGAUGGCAGUGGAACUGAGUGCAGGCGGUGCUGUGACCCAGCAGAAGAGGCCCCGCAGUAUGCCAGUCCAUACCCACAGUACAAUAUUGUGCCACAGAUAAACAUCACCAUCCUAAAAGGGGAGAAGGGAGACACUGGCAACCGAGGACCUUAUGGGAAAACGGGCAAAUCUGGGCAAUCUGGACCCCGAGGGCCUCAUGGUGUGAAGGGAAACAAGGGCAGCAUCGGUGCCCCUGGAGAACCUUGUAAGUCCUACUACGCUGCCUUCUCCGUGGGCCGUAAGAAGGCCCUGCACAGUAACGAUUACUACCAGACCAUGAUCUUCGACACAGAGUUUGUCAACUUGUACGGUCACUUCAACAUGUUCACGGGCAAGUUCUUUUGCUACGUCCCCGGCAUCUAUUUCUUCAGUUUGAACGCGCACACUUGGAACCAAAAGGAAACGUACCUGCACUUGAUGAAGAACGAGCAGGAGAUGGCCAUCUUGUACGCUCAGCCCAGCGAUCGCUCCAUCAUGCAGAGCCAGAGCCUCAUGCUGGAGCUGGAGACGGACGACCAGGUGUGGAUUCGGCUCUUUAAGGGCGAAAGAGAAAACGCUGUGUUCAGUGAUGACUUUGACACCUACAUCACAUUCAGUGGUUACCUUAUUAAGGCAAAGUCAGAAGGUUAAGCAGAGCUAAUAUAUGGACAGCAGGGAUAAUGAAAUGUAAUUUCUUUUUGUAAUAUAUUUUUAACAUGGUGCUUCGGGAAGAACCUUGAUGUAUCUUUGUGAUCCAGUGUUGGAGUGUCUUGUGUGUCUGACCAUCUUUAACUUUGUUACAGAGGCUGGUGCUAUUUGACAAACAUGCUAAAGUUUAGUGCGCUAGUAAGCCUAUAUCUACAAAAAAGACAUAUAAAUACAUAUUAAGACAACAGUAUCAUAUUUUAACAGAUUUUGCACAAUGUUAACGGGUGCCUUUUUCGUGUGUAGAUACAUCAGUAAUCAACAGAUUACUUGAAAUUAUUGUAUUAUAUCUAUUAUAAUAUAUUAAUCUAGAAAUCAGUAUUAAAUUGGUUCUAGAAAGUGCUACAAAUAUAAUUUGGGAUUAAUGCAAGUAAUUUCUGUUAAAUCAGAAAAGUUUAAAUAAUACCAAAUAAUUUAUUAGAUAAAAAAAAACAAGUAAACUAAAAUGGUGAUAUAUGUCAAAUGUUUUGUUAAAUAAAUAUUUGUAUAAUUUACAGUAUUGCAAAAUGAGAAAAUGGGCUACUUCAACACAGUCAAAGCUACAGACAACGAGAGUACCUAUGAUCAGUGAUGAUACACCUUGAUCUCUGAAUGUACUGUAUUAUAAAUGUUAUAUUUGUAUAAACACAUGCACCGGUAAGACUUUAUGGUCUUAUUAGCAUAUAAACAACUACAUUGUGGAUUUGAUAAUGGUUAGACAAAUGUAUGCUUUGAAACAGUGGCAAUUAUAAGACUUUAUAAAAAUCUGCUCCUGUUUUGCACAAAUAUAAAAUAAAAUAAUUAUAAAAUAAAAAUAAUAUGAACUGGACUCUUAGCACUUAACCAAAGCUCAUUAUUUUGUAAGGUUCUGAAAGAACCAGGUUACUGUGGUCAACAGCAAGUUCCUAUAAAAAGACUAACAGUGGCUUCAGCAGGAAGCACAUUUAUUAUUAUUGUUAAUUUGUAAAUGUUGUGUUCAUUGUUAAUUUCGUCAUCCAGUCGAAAUCGGUGACCUUGAGGUCACUGUUCAUUAAAUGUUAAAAGGUUCAUUGAAUGAGUGGUGCUGUAAAACAGGUUCAUGUAUUUCAAUAAAUAAUGUUUUUAGACUAGA